GUCUUUUCAUAUCUCUGAAAAGUUGAGCCUCCACACCCAUUUAAACAUCACCAGGACAAAUCUGCAUCGUCUCAGCUUUUCCAGCUCAGGACAGUAAAGAUGGCUUUGGUAUCAGAGUUUCUGGGACAGCUGUCUCUCAACAUUGGGGGUCAUGAACCCUUGUUCCCCACUGUGGUACCUGCUGUGAACUUUGACCCUGAUAAAGACGCUGCCAGAAUAGAGACUGCUAUCAAAACCAAAGGUGUGGAUGAGCAGACCAUCAUUGAUGUCCUAACAAAGCGGACGUACGCCCAAAGGAGAGAGAUUGCGUUUUCAUAUGAAAGGAUGGCAAAGAAGGACAUGAUCUCAGCCCUGAAGGGUGCCUUGUCUGGCUCACUGGAAAACGUAAUCCUUGGACUGAUGAAGAGCACGGCACAGUAUGACGCCACAGAAAUCAGGGGAUCCAUCAAGGGCUUAGGAACUGAUGAAGAAACUCUGAUUGAGAUUUUGUGCUCACGUAGUAAUGAGGAGCUGGUAGAAAUCAAGAGGGUCUACAAGGAAUUGUUCAAGAAGGAACUGGAGAAAGACGUGGCUGGUGAUACUUCUGGAAACUUUGCUAAGUUGCUGUUGGCUCUUGUGCAGACCAAGAGAGCUGAACUGUCCUCUAUUAUAGACUAUGAAAAGAUUGAUGAGGACGCCAGGGCUCUCUAUGAUGCUGGAAUAAAAAUUAAAGGUACUGAUGUGGCAACCUGGAUCUCCAUUAUGUCUGAGAGAAGCGUACCCCACCUGCAAAAAGUGUUUCAGAAGUACAAGAGUUACAGCCCCUACGACAUGCAGGAGAGUAUUGUGAAGGAAGUUAAAGGAGACUUGCAAAGGUCCUUCCUGGUGCUAGUUGACUGCUUUGAAAACAAACAGCUGUACUUCGCCAAAAGACUGAAUGAAGCCAUGAAGAGUAAAGGAGCCAAAGAGAAGGUAGUGACCAGAAUUAUUGUGUCACGCUGUGAGGUGGACCUGAAAAAGAUCUGCUCUGAAUACAAGUCCUGUUUUGGGCAGUCGCUGCAGCAGACUAUUAUGGAACAUACAAAGGGAGACUACCAGAAGGUACUGCUUGGCCUCUGUGGACCAGAGCAAUAAAAAGAGUAAGCAGAUUCAAAAGAGCUUUUCUAUAUUCAACUGGAAAAUCGGGCUUUGAAUAUUACCUGGAGCUGAUCUCUGCGACAAAAACUCAUCUCACUUUUUGUGGACACGCAUUUGAAUGCAACAUUCAAGGAGAAAUGUCUGUUUUGUUUUCUUCAAUACACUAAGAAUCUGUUACAGUGUUUGUUAUUCCAAAACGGAAAUAAAAGUUGCUUUGUUUGAA